AUGCUGAAACUAAAGCUAGAAAGUGACAAACAUUAUGCGAGAUAUAUAAAUGAAUGUGCUGCAAAUACCCACGCGUGCAGCCUCCAUGCCAAUUGCCUCAAUACCCAAGGGUCCUUCAAGUGCAAGUGCAAGCAGGGGUAUAAAGGCAGCGGACUGCAGUGCGCCCUUAUCCCCGAAAAUUCUGUGAAAGAAUUCCUCAGAGCACCUGGUACCAUCAAGGACAGAAUUAAGAAGUUGCUUGCUCACAAGAAUAACAUGAGAAAGAAGAUAAAAAUGAAAAACAUCGCAGAACCCAGAGGGACGCCCACCCCAAAGGUUGACUCGGAGCCCUUCAGCUCUGAAGAGAGCAUUUCCAGAGAUGGGAACCCUCACAGAGAAAAGAAGAGGAAUGGAUACAGAAAAAAAGAAAGGCUGGAGGAUGAGAACAUAGAUGAGAACCAUGUGGAGCAGGAGCAAAGCCUUCGUGGAGAUGUAUUUUCCUCUAAGGUGAAUGAAGCGAGUGAAGUUGAUCUGGUUCUGGUGCAAAGAAAAACUACAUCAUCCCAUCUGAAACACAAAGUUGACUGCACCUUUGACCGUGGCGUCUGUGACUGGAAACAGGAUAUAGAAGAUGAUUUCGACUGGAAUCCUGCAGACAGAGAUAAUGCUCUUGGCUACUAUAUGGCUGUUUCAGCCCUGAGAGGUCAGAAGAAGGACAUCGGCCGUUUGAAACUUCUCCUCCCCAACCUGCGACCCCACAGUAACUUCUGUUUGCUCUUUCAUUACCGGCUGGCUGGACACAAAGUAGGGAAGCUUAGAGUGUUUGUAAAAAAUAGUAACAAUGCUGCCUGGGAGAAAACCAGGAGCACCAAUGAACAGUGGAGGAUGGGGAAAAUUCAGCUGUAUCACGGAAUUGAUACUCCCAAAAGCAUCAUUUUUGAAGCUGAAUGUGGCAAGGGCAAGACUGGAGAAAUUGCAGUGGACGACGUCUUGCUGGUUUCAGGCUUAUGUCUAGAUGGCCUUUUACCUGUGGAUGGUUGA